GCAAAACCGCUCAGUGGCUUUUUAGCCACAGAGGCAUUCGGUCCGAAUGAGCAGAUAAAACUCGAUCAGAGCAAAAUUUUCAGCUAAAGAUAAACAGUGAAAACACGGGGCGAAGCACAAACAAAGGCGGAAAAACAAAUGUUUGACUAAUUGUUAUUAGAUAAUUAUAAUCAUAAUGGACGCAGUGCAGCAGCAAACAAACAACAGCAGCAACAUCGACAGCGCCAAAUGCCAGAAGCUCAAGAGAUUCGUGAUCGUAGGCCUGCUGAUCACCAUUGGCAUCUUGAGUUGGCACUUCUACGAGUACUUCCACAGCAAACCGCUGCCCAAGACGCCCGAUGACGUCUUGACCCUCUCCAAGAACCUUUACGCGGAGGAGACCGAGGUCAGUCCGUACUUAUACAAAGUAAAUCUCCAGGGGAAGACCACAUCCGGUGCUCAUGAUGAUAAAGCCCCUAAAAAUCUCUUUGAACUCCAUCAGGAUUUGCUGGCCAAAGAUGGCAACUCUACAACUGCCCUUCUCAUGCGGCUCUUCGACAACUAUGAACUAGAUGUGGCCGUAGCUGAGCAUCCCACUCCUGAGCACGUCCAGGAGCAGCAUGAUUUCCUCAGAGCCGUGAUGAACACGCGGGUUAUGAAGCUGACCAUGCGCUAUCUGGUAAAUAAGGAUAUUGUGAGCAUCGAAUAUGAUGAUCAGUUGCAACUGCUGCAGGAGCUUUGGUUUACUCCUUACUCCAGGGGGAAGGGUAUCGUGAGCAGUUCCAGUUUCGAGCACGUCUUCAUGGCAGAGAUUAGGGAUCAGAAAGUUCUGGGACUGCACAAUUGGAUAUACUUUGCAGACCAGGAGCAGCGUGGCAAUGUGGACUACAAGGGAUGGCUGAGCCACAAGGAAAUGGGAAAGCCCAACCAAAUGGUUCUAAGCCUGCGGCAUACGUUUCACAAUCUCAAGAAGCCAGUUAAUGGCCUUUUUGUGGGCACCUCCCCGGAGUUGGAGAUGUCCCUCUACACCGCCUGCUUCCUGACCACGGCGGACGAGGAACCCUGUCACCUUCAGUUGGGACAUGCCUCUGCCACAAUUGUCUCUUUCGCAUGGAAAUGGAAUGGCAUGCGCCUGAUAGCCACCGCCUAUCCCGACAGCUCCUAGAUCAUCGCAUUUCCCCCAAAUAAUUCCCAAAACUCAAUAAAAGUAGUUACAUUCGUGACGGCAGUGCUACCUCAUCGAAAACAGCAAAAGGCUAACCUCCAAACUCAAAGUCAAGUUCAUUUUGGCACUUUAUAAGUGCUUUACCAAGUUGUCUCCAUCAAUCGAGGAGCAUGUCAGUCAGGACAUGAAUAUUGUCCGUCUGCCUAUCAUUUUGCUUGUUUUGACAGGAUAGCGUGGCCCAAAGCUCUUAACCUUACCGUCAUGAACUUGUUUAUUAGUUCUAACAUUAAUAGUUAUUACUGGCGGAAAUUAAGCAAGAGGAAAAGUCAAUUAUUACAGCAGAGAACUAAAGUGAUUAUGACGUUUAAGUCUUUGCAGUUAUUAAAGAGGCUUCGUAGUGGAUUUCUUUCCUUAAACUUCAACUAACCUUCAGUUUUUAACUUAACUAAUAUAGUUUUUAUACAUAAACUCCCAAACCAUUUUUAAAUUAGUAUUACUAGAGAGAAAAACUCUUUUUAAGGGCCCCUUACUUAGCCAUUUAGAGUUCUUAAAAGUCAAAUAAAAGUUGCAAAUUUGA